AUGAUGUUCGAGGGAGUUUUGAGCUGGUUCCGCCCUGCGGAAGCCGAGGUUGUGCAGGAGACCAGCUGGGAUCCCGUUACCUUGACCAUGGUCCAACCCAAGAGUCCGGUCGCUCCCACCACAGACGAGAUUGUCACCGAUCAACCGAUUCUCGGCGAAGGGAUGGACUUGCGACUUCGCGGUGGUGACAGUGCUGAGGACGGAUGCUGCUUCUGCUGUCGCUGCUGCAGCUGUCUUGAUUCCUGCUGCGCCCCCGACGACGGUCCCGGUCAACGGCUGUAA